UUCUCUCCGGGCUUACAGCUGAUGCAGCCGUCGCUUUCCCGCUCUUCGGACUUGACGGAGGUUUCGCCCAAAACACUCUGUGUGACCUUAUUCCUCUGCGGUUGUGAUUGUUUUUCUUUCAUCAAGAAACAUCACUUGUUGGUAAUUUGUCAAAUUCAAGGAAUAGCCCCCCCGAGAAGCGGUCGCGGGCAGGCGCAGACGCCGAGGGCGAGCAUUUUGGCAAAUUAAAGACAGGGGCUGUUGAUUGGCCUCAUUCCCAAGACUUUUAAGCUCAGAACGGCUGUUCUUCACCUUGGAAGGACAUUUUAUCCAUAGUCGUAGUAAUGGCGGCUGAAGUGCGAAUGGUGCUUUAUGAAGAUGAUUCAGUGCAAGUACAAUAUGUUGAUGGUUCCAGACUGCAGCUUUCUCCCUGUGGCUCUGAAUUUUUAUUUGAAAAGGCACCUCCUGUUUCAGCACAUCCUUUGGAACAACCAGAAAGAAUUCGCCAAAGGACACACUUUGUUAUUAGCACUUACCGAGAGCAAUUACAGCGAGCACUAGAUUUUCGAAACUCUUCUGCUACUUGCCCUUUUUUAUCUGACAGCAUCAUACCUUCUGAAAAAAAAAAGCGUAUCUUCAUUGACGUCUCAGAAGUGAGAUGGCCCAGUCUUGAUACUGAUGAUGGCGUGAUACGUAUGCAGAGUGGCACCGUGAAGAUAUCAUCUUUAGACGGUCACGCGUACCUUUGCCUGCCCAAAUCUCAGCAAGAAUUUACAGUACAAUUUUUGUGUAAAGUAAGCCAGAAACCAGACUCAUCUAGAGUAUUGUCAGAAAAAAAUAAUCAAGCCAAAAAGGACAAACCAGUUGAGAAAGCAGGCAAAAUCUGUACUUAUGGAAAUUUAUCAGGACAGAGACUGAAGAAUAAAGAAAAUGAACUUCAUUGUCAGAUCUUGAAACCCAGAGAUCCUUUAGAGAAGAAGAGUUGUGUAAAUGGAACUAAAGGGAGGGAGGAGCUGCCCUCGUCUGGUACAAAAUACACAUGUGUGUACACGUGGGUAAAGCAGUGCUGGUCUGUGGCCUCCUGUCCAGAGGAAUGGAAAUACCCUUUGUCUUUAGCACUUCGUUUUCAUAAUAAAAUCAGCAAUAUGUCUAGAAUUGAUGUAAAUAUCACUCAGAGUGGAAUUUUAACUUCUGAUGUUUCAGAGGAAAGAGGAAAAGAGGUUUCUGUUCUUCCCAGAGCCCUGUUACUCAGCUGUCCUGCCCCACACCUGCACAGGUGGAAUUUUUGUGAUUCGCUUUCACAGAGACAGUCUGAGGAAGAAGAAUAUUCCUAUCCUGAACCAGUGAAAGUGGUUUGGUACCAGGGUAUUACAUAUAGACUUACCCAUAAAAAUGUGAACUCAAUAGAGAUUUAUCCUGGAGAUGGAUCUAUUUUCAAAUCAGAAGGAGCAUAUUUUGGGAAUUAUUUUACAUAUUAUUCCAUUCAAGAAGGAUCAGAAGAGAGAGAAGAGAAAACAUAUUCAGUAAAUAACCUUCCUCCAGAUAGACCAGGAAGUCUGUUCUCUGUGCGUUCUCUAAUUAAACAGGCAACCAGAAUUCUUCAACAUUGUGCCAAGAUGAGGCUUUCUUUAAGCCAUAACUAUCGUGUAUGCUGCUGGAAAAUGGUACCUGGGAUAAAUGAUAGCAAUAUACUGCCUGUGCUUUUGAGAGAAUCUCUCAUACCCAGCGUGGGAAGAUUUCUUGCAUACUCCGAUGACAAAGUACAUGCUAUCUUUUUAGAUGGCGUUACUCUAACCCUAAAUUGGAAUUUUGCCUCUUUUACUGAAAAGGGACAGGUAAAUCGAGGCCUCCAGUUAGGUUGGUGUAAGUUAACUUUUCCUGAUGGACAAGAUCAGUUAAUUCAAGUUGAACACCCUGGACCUUAUGAAAGAUAUGUGGCAGCAGUAAUAUUGUGGUGCAGAAGACUGGCGCAGACUAGUCAGAGAGAGCAGCCCAGACGUCCCUCAUCUUCUAUUCUUGAAGAAAAUUGGUCUGUGGCGUCUGAACUUGAAAAGAUACAGAAGUUUAACUUGUUAUUGGAGAAUAGUGGUAUCCUAAACCAGACUGCUAAGAAGACAAAUGAACAGUCUUCUGAUCAGUAUGAACCAAAAUCUUCAGAAACCGUGCUAGAAGUUAAUGAAAACAGAGUAUUGGCAGCAUUGAAAAAAACCUCUGAAAUCCUUCAGGAUAUUGACUGUCUUCUAUCAAACUCUAAAAAGUGAAAAUGGAAUUAUUACAAUAUAUUAUUAAACCUUAAGGAUGUUGUUUCAAGUAACUGGUACAAAGUUACUAGUAAGCCAAGAAGUUGUAUAUAUUACUUCUGUACAAUGAUUAUAUGAUAAAUGGCAUUUAACUUGGGAGAUCUUUUACCUAACUUGUAAA